AUGGUGCAGCUCACCAUCAACAACAGCAGGGGCAUUACACUUUGCCGAGUCAGCCUUCCUGCCAGCGCGACGGUGCAGCAGCUGUGGGAGCAGCUCAUCGCUGCGAAUCCGAAGCUGGGCCGGGUGCAGACCAUUCGCAACGAAGUUCGUCAGGUGACGCACCACCUCCCGCUAGGCUCGUCCUUUACGCAGAGCGGGAUCUCCUCCACCGAGCUAACACUGCUGCAAGCUGGCCUAGUGGGACAAGAUGCGAAGGCGGAGACGUUGGUGGUGCUGAUGGCACCUCGUAGCACUACCUCGUCGUUGGCAGCGGCAGUGAACAAUGCCAGAGAAUGCAUUACAGAGAUGUUUGAUACCGCCACGGGGUCUCAGCCGCCGCCGCCGCCGCCGCCGGUGAUGGGACGCGUAGUGGCGCAGCCCCCCGCCAAUGUCGAUCCCCACAUGAUGGACGGGCACCAGGUGGCGCUGCAGCAACGUAUUUACGCCCAAAUUCAGCAGCAGCAGAUUGAUGAAAACCUCGCCAACGCGCUCGAGUACACGCCGGAGGCGUUCGCGAGGGUUUCGAUGCUCUACGUGCCCUGCACAAUUAACAAAGUUCCUCUCAAAGCCUUCGUCGACUCCGGUGCGCAGAACAGCAUUAUGAACAAGCGCACGGCAGAGCAGUGUGGGCUGAUGCGGCUCGUCGACGUCCGCAUGCGUGGCGUCGCUGUCGGGGUGGGGCGGCAGGAGAUCUGCGGUCGGAUUCACAUGGCCACCGUGAACCUCGCAGGCAUGUUUAUCCCCUUUGCCUUCUAUGUGAUCGAGGACCAGACGAUGGACUUGAUCAUCGGCCUGGAUCAGCUGAGGCGCCACCAGAUGAUAAUCGACCUCAAGAGCAACUAUCUCAUCAUCGACAGCGCCAAGGUCUCAUUUUUACCGGAGAGAGAUCUGCCCACGAUGCCGUACGACGAUGAGCUGGCGAGCGCGCCUGUCAAGGCGGAUCAUCAGGCGCACGGGCCGCGUCGCCAGAACCCGUCGCUGACAACGGCGAAGACUAUCACCGCCACCACUGCUUCCGCCCCUGCAGGGGUGACGCUGAGGGCCGAGGCUGCGCCAGUGGCACCUGCCCUAGCAGAAGCACCGGUGCUUUCUGAGAAAGAGCGGCUGGCCCGGAUUCAAGAAUUCAUGACCCUCUCGGGUAUCACGGACCACAAGCAGGCAGUGGAGUUGCUGGAGGCCGCCGACUGGGACACCAUCGUCGCGGCAGCACUCCUCUUCGACACUUAG